AUGGACAACACCUCGACAACACAACUUGCCAGAGCCCUAAGCGCCGCUGAGUCAGUGGAGAAACGCUUGAGGAUAACGGAACAAACUGAAUCCCAAGUGGCAGCAGAACUGGUUAGAGCCCUAUGUGAAAGCGCUAGCAUUACUAGCAUUACCUUACCCGAAUCUCAUCGUGCCUACAUCCGGGAGCGAUUUGGCAGCAGCGUCGCAACCUUACUGACAACUCUACAAAAACCCGCAUCUCAAUUGUCUACUUCAGGUUCAAGCCAAGAAAGCCAUCGCCUUCAUCUAUCGCAUGCUGUAAAAGCCUUGACCGCGGAAACCCAACAUCUGAUCCAGAUUCUGCGCAAGUACGAACACCAUGAGGACAUUUCGAAGACCAUCGAGUUCCUCAGCCAAGAAAAUGUCGCUCUCAGCCAUACUGUGAUCAACCGCAUGACUUCAAUAGUUCAGAAUUUCGAAGCACAGUCAACGAACGCGGAAGCAACGGCCACAAACAUUGCCACAGGUUUCCGUACGUUCCUGAGCGAGACUAUUCGCGAGCUCACAAGUAAGGAAGUUACCCGUGAAGUUUCUCUAAGCCAACCAGAGUCAAGUCUGAUGACCACGCUUCUGGUAACUCUAUACUCUCUGGAAUCAGUCAUAGUGAGAUCCACAAGCACAUCAGAGCAAUCCAGCCAAGUUAACGUAUCUUUGGGACAGCUCCAGCGACCAGAAGAACUACGGGAGACGAGCAUAAGUUUAGCUGAACGUAGGAGAUUGCAGCUGAUUCACAGCAUAGAAGCUACUCAUGAAGAGCAAACCGAACUGAUCAAGGCAUUGAAGAGAUAUGAAGAACAUCGCGAAAUUACCGAAGUUCUGGACUUGCUGGAAAGGAAUAAAGUCAUCCUCAGCCGUAGGGUAACCUCCCAAAUGAUCUCAGUUCUGCAAGAAAACCAGAAAGUGCAAUCCAGAGAAGUUCAUCGGCAAGUAGUGGAGAAGCUACGCACUGUUCUAACUCAAGAUGUCCAGCAACUGACCGAACAUUCGACCUUCGCCCUUUGGCGCACGGCUCAACCAACGACAUCUUUGGCUACCCUUGUCAUGACUAUAGCAUCAAUAGAAAGGAUCGUGGCUAAUGUAACAGCGCCAGAAAACGUGCAAGCUAGAAUGGAUGCAUCGCUACUGAGGGAGGCAAGUGAAAGCGUGUCCUCCGUAUUGCCUGAAGCAAUGAGGUCAGAUCUGGAGGCGCUGCUGGGAGUAAGUGGAAUUAGCCAAACCGCCAACUUAGCCCAAAGAGAACCUCAGGAAAGCGCUGGAAUCAGUAUACCAGAAAGACAACGUGUCCUGUCUUCCUUGUCGAGCAGCGAAUACGGCUCUCAAAUAACUCAGACUGACUUCUUCUCGGGUUAUCUUGUUUCACCACAACCAAGCGCAGAAGAAGCCACCGUCAUGCGCAAGAUGGCGCAGGCGCUAUUCUUACGCUGCGCAAUCAAGGCCACCCAAGAUGAAAUGGAACAGAUGUCCGUAUCAUUAAACCGCGCUUUGGAGGAGGAUGUUGCUAACAAAGUGAUUUAUCUGGCAACGGCACAAGGAACCAAUCUAUCAACUUCUGCUGUAGAGGAGAUCCAGAAGGCAGUGGAAGUAAAACUACAACAUUCCGAAUCGUCAGAAGAAGCAAAGAGAGAAGCCCCUGAGAGGAUCAAGUCUGCUUUAGCUAGAAGCAUACGCACCCUUACCGAUGAAAAUGUGUACGGCCUUUGGGAAACAAGAACAACGAGGGAGAUAGUAGAACUAGUAAAUACUUUGAAACUUCUGGAAAGCGUAGCCCUGGACGCUUUCGAGCCGACAGAAGCUGCUACCGAGUUGGUUAAGAAGCUCAGAAGAGAAGAGCCUCAGCAACUUCUUACCAAGAUCUUGACUGAAAUUGAAAGAAUCUCGGUGAAGAGAAUCUUCUUCGAAUCAAGAACAAGUUUGGAGCAUGGCCUUGAACAUAGAUCAAUCUUCGCUGAAGCAUAUGGCCAAUUGCCAGAUUAUCAGCGCUCAAGAGCGUGGGAAAAUGUCAGGGAACAAGGAGAAGCCCAGGCUGAGAUGUCUCUUACUAGUGGAAUUCUUGAGGUGGGUCUUUCUCGACAUGAAGAUGCCAGCAAAACCAUACAGACCGAUAGAAAGUUAGCUGUAGAGGCAACAGCAUCAGCUACGAGAGAGGAAGACACAGAGAUCAGGAUGGAUUUGAUACAGCCUCGUGACGACGCCAUGGAUGUAGCAACCAAUAGGAGAAUCCCGGUUACCGUAACCACGUCUCUCAUUGGCCAAGCUAGUACCACGAGUGAUACUGCCACUGAGCUGACGCUCAAAGUGCCUGAGCAAAGUGUGACUUCAGACUUCGUAGCAAAAGACCGAGUCGUAUUGGAGGAUAGUGUGAAGAUUGGAGAAAUUUCCGAGGAAAAUACCCUUAGUACGUGGAAAACAGCGGAAAAUAGAGCGUACAGUGAAGUUACUCUAAGUGGUAAAGCGAAAGAACGCGAUCAAAUGCAAAGUACGAUCCAAGCAAGCAAAGAAACUGUAACACAAAUGGAGCAAAAUCUGGCACGAGUCCAAGAGCUAAGCGCCGAAAUGCAAGUAAGGGCCGUAGAACAGCAAAGCGACAGCAAGCAAUUUAGCGCUGACAGCCGAAGCGAGCAGUUCCUGAUUGAAAGUAAACAAAUAAACCAAGCCAACGAAUCUGCAACCAUUCCAGACAUAUCUCGAACGACAGCUACAUCUACAGCACGCGAAUUCGGGUUUGAAUCUAUAGGCACCCUGGGCUCAUACGGGUACCUACAGCCAAAGCAGGAACAGCAAGCAGGCAUUGAAUCUUCAUUACCGGAAGGACGACGUUUGAUGGGAGAGAAGACUCUGCUUGCUCCAAGACAAGAAGUACUGGAAAUAAACGAGAUUCUUCGAAGAGAUGUGAGAGGCACGGCUGAUGCAUUGACAUACACUAAGACAAUGGAUAAGUCGGCACUGACGACGACAGCGGCACAAGAUGAAAGGACCAUCAAAACUGUGGACUACUAUCAAAGAGAACAGAUAUACAACGCUGGGACCGAGCUGGAGCAGAAGGUGAAGGUUGUGGCUGAGAAAGUGAUGUACGAAGCUGGCGACGAAGCAGCAUUUGGAAUUUGGAAGACGGCAGAGCAGCAAGAGACUCAAACCACAAUUUCUCGAGGUCUUGGUUCUCAGGAGCAUUCGUCAAAAACAGUGCAUGCGCCAGUGGAGGAAACAGUACUGGCUUCUGGCGAUUUCAAAGAGAUCAGUACGGCCGAGACCUCAUCGACACUUAAACUCGAAAAAGCGGAUUCCACCAGUAGAGCAUUUUCGAUUGAACGAGAACAACAGGAUAUCAAACUAGAGGUUCAAGACUCUAUCGCCAGCCAAUUCGUAACUCGUCCCGAAAUUUCGACUGCUUCAGAGAAAACCUCGCUGCACGAAUUCGGCGCAGAACAACUUAUUGUUGGCGGAAUCUUAGGCCACUUAAUCCCGAAGAAACCUGAGACAGCUGAAACCAUGACCCAAAUCACACAAAAACCUCAUCUCUCUGCUGCAACAACGAUGUCUGCAAGUACUGAAACCAACAUCCAAACAAGUGAGACCAUGCUGAAGGAAGAAGCCAUGAAAUCAACGAUGUUCGAAAGCUUAGUGUCGAACAAAGAAGAAACCCUACUGGCUACCUCUGCCACAACAGAAGAACAAGCCGACGUAGAUUUCCAACGCAAGAGAGGAUCACUCUCGUAUGGAGUGGGCAAAUCUGUGCUGUCCGCAACUACAGAAGCAGCAGAAAUCAAAAGCAAAGAGACUAGCGACAAUGCCGUCUUUGGAAUCUGGGACUCCAACAUCAGAAGCGAGACCUCUCAGGCAACGUUAAGAGAGAAAAGUCUAGAGACUUCUGAGGCAGUUCUAUCUACCAAGGCGACUGAAGAGUCUGGAAUGGUUUCAGAAGUGGAUCUAUCAAAGCAACCAGCUGUUUCUAUCAGUUCGACUCUGCCGCAGGAAAUGAAGGAACAGGAGAAGAGAGGCUUCACUAUCGAACAGCUUGAUGUCACUACUAGCUAUCAACGCUGUGCAAUGGGCGAAAUAGCUGUUACUACUGAGAAAGACACAUUGCUGGUGUCGUCAAGUGGAUCAGCCAAAGAAUUCGUCAAGGAACAAGCUGAAGUCGUUGCUGUUCUGGGAUCAAUACAACCUAAGCCUGAGCAGUUUGACAGCGUCUCUGUGAAGCUUAGUGAUAGUAAGAAGGUUGAACUCGAACAGAGAAUGAAAGCUGCAGAAGAGGAAACUAGGGAAAAACAACUUUCCCUCGAGAAGCACGAAGCGAGCUUGGAGUCUACAAAAGAGCUAAAGGAAACUAUUGUAGAAAAAGAAAUUCGUUCUACCAAGGCCAGCGAGGAUGCCACAGCAAACCAAAUAGUCGAGCUCACCGAAGCAGAUCUGCUAGAAUUUUCGGAUGUUCGACUGAAAGCCAGAAACGUGACCGAAGCUUCUACAAAAGUCCAAGAAAGCAGAGAAGAAGCAGUGCAAGGGCUGUGGAGUACACCGUCUGGAGCUGAGGCCAGCUUCACACUUAAAGAGAAGGAGAAAUCAGUCGAAAGCGGACUGCUCUCUGCGAAAGCCGCUGCUCAGGAAGAGGUUGCUAUAACUGAGGAGAAGAUCAAGGAAAUUGUAGCUAGAGCUGAGAGUACUGUGGCUGAAAAGCAGAAGACAGAUACCUCAAGGAGCUAUGCUAUAGAAGUAGGAACAACCACUGAAGAAGUGACAAAACCUUAUUCCGAAGCUGCUGUAAGAGAAGAACUGGCCCAAAAAAUUUCUGCCAAUGUCAGCGGUGGAUUCAGAGAAUUCUCUCAAGAAGAGACUGCUCUAGGCCUUGUCGCUCAC